AUGCAUGGGUUGGAUUUGAGAUUAUCUUUGAGUGCCUCCGCACAACCGACCGGUAGUGGCUUGACCUUGUCUCCUGCGGCUGCUCCAUCCUCGACACCAGCCACUGCCUGCUCAUUCGAGUUGGAUUCAUCAAUAGGACUGAUUAUUCUCCGAGGUUUACGACUUAUUAAUAGUUUGGCUCUAGUCAACAGGCCUGCUCUCCAGGCCAUCAUCAGUGCGGACGUUACAUGUCUUCAGAUGCGCCAUAUCCUUUCUCGACUCAUAAUUCUAUGCACACCUACUUCUUCACGCAUACCGUCUAACUCAUCUUCUUCCUCUUCCGUCACGACAUCGGAAGUUUACAAAACAAAGGAAGUAGGCAAACAGAUGGUAGAAAAUGAUCAGUCAGUAAAUUCUAUCACUGUACCUAGUUUGCUACCUUAUUACUCACCCGAAUCACUUCAUCAUAUUAAUAAGAAGGAUCCUAAGCUUGAGUCUGUAAUUUGUGAUGCUGUUUCUGCUAAAGAGACUCACGUGAGUAAAUUCAAACUUAUUACUAUAAUUUAUCUGGGUUUUUUGUUGCUAGCCUAUGUGCAUCACUUGCACUAG